AUGGCCAUGCAGAGGACCAAGGUGGCGCACGACGAGCGCGCUCCUCCCGUCCUGCGCGCGACGAAGAUCGCGCGGAACGGCGACUUCGGCGACUCUGGCGACGAAAACCGCACCGAGCGCCAUGCGAAACGCCCGCGCGGCGGGAUCGCCGGGGGUUCCAGCGUGGUGCUGGGGCACAGUGGAUGCAGACCAUGUCGCGCUUCAGUGGCCUUGGGCGCAGUCGUUGCCGCCUCGGGUUGGUUGCUGGCCACUCUGCUGCCUUUUGCUGCCACGCCCCACGUGACGUAUCGACAGAAGCCGGAGAAGCGGCUCUUGGUGUUUCACAUCAUCGAGCAGUUUGGUGGAGCCUCGAAAAGCUUGAUGCAGUUCUUAAACCUGGCGCAGCGCUUGGAGCGCCGCCCGGUCUUGCCCGGGAUCCUGGCCAAGCAUCCCUAUGACAACACCGUGUAUCGCUCAGCGAACACGAAAUCCGUGCAGGACUUGGAGGAGUUCUUGGAGCUGUCUAGUCUAAGCUCCGGCUUGAUGCAGCCCAUCGGCUUCCGCGAGCACCUGGCGGAGAUGGGGAGCCUGGUCGAUGCGAUCCUGGUGACGGUGAUGGAUCCCUUGCACCGGGGUCCAGCCUUCAAUCCUUUGAACACGGAAGGGCCCAUUAUGGACACUUAG